AGCGCGCGCGGGAAGAGAAGAUGGCGGCAGCAGUGGGCCUGGCCGAGCGGGGCUAUUUGGAGCUCGGCGGGGCGGAGCGGAGCGGGCGGCAUGGUCUCCGCGAACUCGUAUUCAGCCUCCCAGGUGGCGGUGCGUCCCCCUCUGCCGUGCGGUAUCCUGAGAGCGCUGGAGGGUUUUGGUACCAAGAGAACGCGCAGCUGGGCUCGGUGACUAGAAACCGCUUUAUUCAUUGGGCAACCUCAGGUGCGACUUUAGAACUGGUAGAGGAGUCCCUUGACAUAAACCUUUUGAACAAUGCUGUUCAGCUCAGAUUUCAAAAUUGUAAUCUCUUGCCACAAGGGGUACAUAUCUUUGAGACGCAAAAUCAUGUUGUUAUAUUGGUUUCAACCAAUCAGACAGUACAUAGAUUGAUGUUACCUCAUCCAGCUCGGAUGUAUAGAAGCGAGCUGAUAACAGAAAGUCAAAUGCAGUCGGUUUUUACAGAUAUUGGGAAACUUCAUUUUAGAGAUCCUUUGAACUACUGUGUCAUCCCCACAGUUCCGGGGUUGUCACCUUUUUCCACUGCUUCAGCAGCUUGGCUUACUGGUGAUGGAGGAUCCCUCUUUGCUCUGCCAUCUGCUUCUGGUGGGAUUUUUGUCCUAAACCUACCACCGUAUGAUGCUCGUGAGAUGCCUUCAACUUCAUUUGUGGAGUUGAAACAGAGUUCAGUCAUGCAGCGCCUGCUUACAGGUUGGAUGCCAACUGCCAUCAGAGGCGAUCAAAAUCCUUCAGAUCUUCCUGUUAGCUUAUCAGUCCACUGUCGUGAACAUGAUGCACUUCUCUUUGCACUCUACCAAGAUCAUAAACUUCGUAUGUGGUCUUAUAAAAAUCAAAUGUGCCUGAUGGUGGCUGAUAUGUUGGAAUUUGUUCCUGUAAAUAAAGAUUUGAGACUUAUUGGUGGAAGUGGACACAGAUUACAGCUGGCAUAUUCGGAGUCAUUGGGGCUUUAUAUUGGUGUAUACUUGCAUGCACCCAGACAAGGGCAGUUCUGUGUCUUCCAGUUGGUCAGCACAGAGAGUCAUCGCUAUAGUCUUGAUCACAUAUCAUCAUUGUUCACAUCUCAGGUUGGAACUGGUAACACUCAGGAGACACUUAUUGAUUUUGCUUUAACUACUUCUGAGAUCUGGGCACUUUGGCAUGAUGAUGAAAAUCAGACUACUGUGAAAUACAUCAAUUUUGAACACAAUGUUGCUGGUCAGUGGAACCAAGUUUCUGUUCAGCCCCUGCCAGCUGAAGAAGUGAAUAUACGAGAUGACCAGGAUCCCAGGGAAACAUUUACAGAGGCUAUCUUCCUGCCUGGUCAAUUCACAAAUGCAGCUUUGCUUAAAGCUUUACAGAUUUUUUCUCAAGAAGCUGAGAGAUACAAAGACCUAUCAUGGGAUGAAUUGAAAAAAGAAAUUACUAUCGCUCUAGAAGAUGAGUUCCAGGGAAAUGUGACAGAAUAUGAAUUCUCUCAUGAAGAGUUCAGACAAUUACAAAUAGAAUUCUGGUCAAAAUUCUACGCUUACUGCCUUCAGUAUCAGGAAGAACUUUCACGACCACUCGCACUUCUCUUGAAUCACUAUACUAAUAUGGUGUGUCUGCUAAAAAAGGGUUACUUUUCUUUUCUUGUGCCAUGUUCCUUAAUGGAUCAUCUUUAUCUCUUGCCUGAUGAACAACUGAUUAAUGAAGUUGAAAGUGCUGGCUUAGAUGAAUCUGAUUUUUCUCAUGAUCUUCUGAGUCUUCUUCAGUGCCUUCGGUUAAUUGGAGAAUCUGUUUCUGUGGAAAUGGCACUCACAAUGGAAAUGGCUUGCUUCCGUCUCCAGUCUCCAGAGAGAGCUGCUGAACAGAUCCUUAAAGAUUUGAUUGCUAAUGACACAGAAAAUAUGAUGGAAGAUAUUCACAGCAAACUACAAGAAAUCAAAAAUCCAGUUAAUGCUAUUGGGAUGCUUAUCCGAGAAAUGGACUAUGAAACAGAUGUUGAGAUGGAUAGAGGAUUCAGUUCUGUUCAGCCCAUAAAUGUGCGCAUGCAUCUGUCACAACUUUACGGUAGUAGCACAACAGUAAAUAUGGUAUGUCGGUGUGUGUACAAGAUGUCCAUGACACGCCUUUUAAUUUGCCGGGACCUGUUGAUUUUACAGCAACUCUUACUACGGCUUGGAGAUGCUAUACUAUUGGGAGGAGAUCAGCUAUUCCACACUCAGCAGAACUUACUACAUCGUACAUCUAUUUUGUUAUUAUCUUAUUAUGUGAUACGGUGGGCAAGUCAGCGAUUGGCAUCAGAUGUUCCUGUUGAUGAACUGGAAUCAAAUCUACAGCAUCUUUCGGUAUUAAAGCUAACAGAUUCCACAACAAUAACACCACUGAAGCUGGUGUCAUGCCCUCAAACAAUUGUGGAGCUCUUCUUUCAGGAAGGAGCCCGGAAACACAUAAUAUCUCAGCUUUUCCAGUCUAAUGCAGCCUUGGAUGAAACAUGUUUAAGUUGGCCUCAAAUGUUUUCUGCAAUUUCCAGUUAUCUACUGCAAUUUUUGUGGCCAAGUAAUCCUAACUUCCUCUUCCCAGAAUGUUUGAUGGGGGCUUGUCAGUAUGCUCAAUUGCAGGAAUAUAUUCGUUUGCUGGAACCUUGGUGUCAUGUGAACGUGGGAUCGUGCCGCUUUAUGAUGGGACAUUGCUACCUUGUUACAGGAGAACACCACAAGGCAUUGGACUGUUUCUGUCAAGCUGCCUCAGAAGUUGGAAAAGAAGAGUUUUUAGACAGACUAAUUAGAUCUGAAGAGGUAGAAAUGGCUUCUACUCCACAGCUACAAUACUACGAUAAGGUUUUGCACCUCUUAGACACGAUGGGUCUUCCUGAAUUGAUCAUUCAGCUGGCUACUUUGGCAAUCACUGAAGCAGCAGAUGAUUGGAGAAGUCAGGCUACACUGAGGACUUGCAUUUUCAAACAUCAUUUAGAUUUAGGACAUAAUAAUCAAGCAUAUGAAGCUUUGACCCAUAAUCCAGAUCCAAGCAGGCAACUGGAUUGUUUACGACAACUAGUAGUAGUUCUCUGUGAACGCUCCCAAUUGCAGGAUCUUGUGGAGUUUCCAUAUGUGAAUCUUCAUAAUGAGGUUGUGGGAAUAAUUGAAUAUCGUGCUCGGGCAGUAGAUCUGAUGACACAUAAUUAUUAUGAAUUGCUAUAUGCUUUCCAUAUUUAUCGUCAUAAUUAUCGGAAAGCUGGAACAGUAAUGUUUGAAUAUGGAAUGCGCCUUGGCAGGGAGGUUCGCACUCUUCCUGGACUACAGAAACAAGCAAACUGUUACCUUGCAGCCAUUAACUGUUUACGGCUGAUUCGCCCCCAAUAUGCAUGGAUAGUGCAACCAGCUUCUGGUGCUGUGUAUGAACGUCCAGGAGCAUCCCCAAAAAGAAAUCACGAUGGAGAAUGUGCUGCUGCUCCAACGGGAAGUCACAUUGAAAUCUUGGAGCUACAGGAUUUGGAAAAAGAAUGUAUGUUGGCUCACAUACGGUUAACUUUGGCACAACAUGAUCCAACAUCAGCUGCUAUUACAGGAAACUCAUCUCCCAAAGAGUUAGUUGCCCUAUUGGUACAGGCUGGUCUCUUCGAUACGGCUAUUUCUCUCUGCCAGACUUACAAGCUUUCCUUAAGACCUGUGUUUGAGGGUCUUACUUUCAAGUGUAUUAAACUUCAGUUUGGAGGCGAAGCAGUUUUGGCAGAGGCAUGGGAUUGGCUUGCUGCAAAUCAGUUGUCAUCAGUCAUUACAACCAAGAAGAACAGUGCAACAGAUGAAGCUUGGCGUCUCUUAGCCUCCUACCUGGACAAGUAUAAGUCAGAGAAUAGCCCAUACCACCGUUGUGUAAUCAAUAAGUUGCUGUCUCAUGGUGUUCCCUUACCUAACUGGCUUAUCAACAGCUACAAAAAGGUAGAUGCUGCUGAACUUCUCCGACUCUAUUUGAAUUAUGAUCUCCUAGAAGAAGCUGUGGAUUUGGUGUUGGAGUAUGUGGAUGCCUUACUUGGGAAAGGACAUGAUUACUUUGGGAUUGAGUUCCCAUUAUCAGCUACAACUCCAAUUGUCUGGCUUCCCUAUUCAGCAAUUGACCAACUUCUUCAGGUACUAGGAGAAAACACAACCAAUCAUCAUAACACAAUGCUUUAUCAGAAAGUGCGUGACAAAUUAGAAGUCUACCAAAAGCAGGUUGAUAAGGCAACUAGGGUUCAUCUUCUUUAUUGUCGAAACUAGCAAUCAGUCUUGAUCUGAGUGUGACCUCUCAAAAUCACCUUGUGCCUGGAGGCCCUUGGGACAAAAUUACAAAAACUGUGCUUUAAACCAGGACUUUUCAACCUGGACAACUCUCAGGUGUGUGGACUUCAAUUCCCAGAAUUCUCAUCAAAAGAUAAAUUGACUGAAUUCUGGUAUUUAAAGUCCACACAUCUGGAAAUUGCUAUGGCUGGAAAAUGCUGCUUUAAAUUAUUAUGUGUAACUGGCAUAUGUAAAGCAUUUGCUUUGCAUG